UGGUGACGGCGACGCGGAGAGACAGCGCGUGCUCCAGAUCCGUACUGCGGCGCCCGAGCCCCUACCACCAUGACUGGCGCGCUGAGGAUUACUCCGACUGGAUUUUAAGAGGCAGAGAGAAGAGAGGCCAUGGCGGAGAGGUUGGAGUGGGUGGAGAUCCUCGAGCCCCGCACAAGGGAGCGGAUGUACGCUAACCUGCUGACGGGAGAGUGUGUGUGGGACGCCCCGGCGGGUGUGCGGAUAAAGCGCAGCGGUGAGGACCAGUGGUGGGAGCUGUUUGACUCCAACACCUCCCGCUUCUAUUACUACAAUGCCUCCACCCAGCGCACCGUGUGGCACCGACCCCACGCCUGUGACAUCAUCCCCCUCGCCAAGCUCCAGACCCUCAAACAGAACACGGAUUCACCCCCACCCGUCACCACCACGAUCAGUGCCUCGGCCGACAGCAGCCCGGCCCGCAGUGCUGUCAGCACCACAUCUUCACAAGAGCAGGAGGACAAAACAGCACCCAGGGAGGAGGGAGAGAGAUUCAGGUGGGGAACUGGCAGCAAGGACAGAAUGCUGAUUAAAGUAUCAGACAGGGAACCCAGUUUUCUGUCACAGGGAAAUGGCUAUUCUGGGUCCUCGCCUCGCUCCAGACGAUCAUCAAGCAAUGCACCCUCUGACCCGGAACUCACCCCACACUCUCUACCUGACCGCCGCCAGUCACAGUCCCCCUUUUUAAAAAGGGCAGAGCUUGGAGGUACUCAGCGGCGCUGCUCCGGCGAUUCACAGCCUCCUUCACCGCGUUAUGCUUAUGAACCUCCACUCUAUGAGGAACCUCCUUCAGACUACCAGUCUCCGCCUAUUUAUGAAGAACCGCCCACUGACAUGCAUUGUGACCCCAGCUUCUAUGGUUCUGACAGGUCACCAGCACGUAAACCCGGUCUUUACCACUCACCUAAACAAAGCCCCUCCCCUUAUAGUCAGCUGGUGUUGACCAGGCAAAGAGGCUCCACCCCUGAGAAGACCAGUCAGGGGGACCGUGAUUACAGUGGGCGUGACUAUAGUUCUGCAGGGCGGGACUACAGUUCUGGUGGACGAGACUACAGCUCUGGUGGAAGAGACUACAGUUCUGGUGGGCGGGAUUAUAACUCUGGUGGACGGGAAUACAGCGCAGCAGGACGGGAAUAUGUAAAACAGCUGGUUUAUGUGGAACAAUCAGGCUCCUCCCCAAGGUUCCGGACAACAGAGCGACUUUUAAGCUAUGGCACAACUGGAACUGGAUGUAUGCCUGCUGGACUGUCUUAUGGUGGCUCCUUUACACUACAGCACAUCCAUGAUGGCGGUGGUGGCAAUCGAAAACGCAAAAAUCGUAAGCCAUCCUUGCCCGGUGGCGAGGGUGAAGGCAUGGGUGCUGGUGUUGGAGCGAUGCUCACCCAAGCACGACUGGCCUGGGAGGCCCAGCAACUAAUACAGCAGCGUGGGGGUGCGGCCUCAGGGGGCGGCGCUAAGGAUGGUUAUGAAAGCGAUGGGGCUACGCCUCUACCACUGCCUGGGCCGGUGGUACGGGCAUUCAGUGAAGAUGAAGCCUUGGCCCAACAGGACAGCCACUGGAAGCGUGCUACACUGGACAGACUUGCAUUUCCUCAGACACUACUAGAGAAAAGUUUGUCUGUACAAACCAACCUGGCAUCACCUGAACCUUACCUGCACCCCUCACAGUCUGAAGAUCUUGGUGCGUGCUCACAGUUUGAGGCUAGUCGAAAUGCCCGGAACAUGAUGCCCAGCGCCAGCUGUGGCGUGUUCCCAGAAUUUUCUCUGCGAAAGCCCUCUUCCGAGACUGACAUUGAAAACUGGGCAUCCAAGCACUUCAACAAACACACCCAGGGUCUGUUCAGAAGGAAAGUGUCUAUUGCAAACAUGUUGGCCUGGAGCAGCGAACCAAUUAAGAAACCCAUGAUUGUUACGACGGACCGCACAGUGAAGCGUGACGCCGUAGAGCUCUUCAAACUUAUUCAGACCUACAUGGGUGACCGCCGGGCGAAAAAUGAGCCUCUGUCUGUGGCGUUGGAGGUGGCUGUCCGAGGCUGGAGCAACCAGGGCCUGCGGGACGAGCUCUACAUUCAGCUUUGCAGGCAGACCACUGAGAACUUCCGCUAUGACAGCCUGCAGAGAGGCUGGGAGCUGAUGGCCAUAUGCCUGGCAUUCUUUCCUCCAACACCUCGCUUCCACAAUUAUCUGGAAGGAUACAUCUACAGGCACAUGGACCCGCUCAACGAUACCAAAGGAGUGGCCAUCAGCAGCUAUGCGAAGUACUGCUACCGCAAACUACAGAAGGCUGCACUAACUGGAGCUAAAAAGGGUUUGAAAAAGCCUUGUCUGGAGGAGAUAGCUUAUGCCCGCAGUGCCAUCUUUAGUCCCUCUAUGUUUGGCUCUUCUCUGGAAGAAGUGAUGGCUAUGCAGAAGGAGCGUUACCCUGACCACCAGUUGCCAUGGGUACAGACUCGUCUUUCGGAGGAGGUGCUGGGUCUGAAUGGAGAUCAGACUGAGGGCAUCUUCAGGGUGCCUGGAGAUAUAGAUGAAGUAAAUGCUCUAAAAAUGCAAGUGGACCAAUGGAAGGUCCCAACAGGCUUGGAGGACCCACAUAUCCCAGCAUCACUAUUGAAGCUGUGGUACAGGGAACUGGAGGAGCCAGUCAUUCCCCAUGAGUAUUAUGAAGAGUGCAUCUCUAACUAUGACAGUCCUGAAGCUGCAGUCAGUGUUGUUCAUAACCUUCCUCACAUCAACAAACUGGUGCUCUGCUACCUCAUCCGAUUCCUACAGGUAUUUGCUCAGCCUGCCAAUGUGGCUGUCACAAAAAUGGACGUGAGUAACUUGGCAAUGGUGAUGGCCCCAAACUGCCUGCGCUGCCUGUCCGACGACCCACGCAUCAUCUUUGAGAACACCCGCAAAGAGAUGAGCUUCAUCAGGGUCCUCAUUCAGCACCUCGAUACAAGCUUCAUGGAUGAAGUUCUAUAGCCCACAUCACACAAAAAAAUCACAUCUAUACACAGACAAAUACUCCAAACAUCUCCAAUCUAUACAUAAAUAUUCCUAAUGAUUCCCUCUGAUCAGUUAAAUGAUAUAAAAUACAUAAACACAACUCAACGUAAAAUAAUGAUAGACAAGCAAAACAGCCAAUCUCUGUAGUCAUCUGAACAGUAUGCAUUGGCAUGGUCCUAAAUUCAGCACACUGGCACACUCACAAAAAGCACAAUUUUAAUAUCUGUCUAACGCAAACACACACACACAGACACACACUGACAGGACUGCACAUGCAUUCCUUUUCUGCCCCUUUAUGAGUUCUGAAUGUGUUUGAGUGGAGCUGUCUGUCCAUUUAACAACAGUGAGUUUCUGAUUGUUUUGUGUGAAUGUGUGUGUGUUUUUUGUCCGUUACUGUUUUUUAACUUGACUGACCUAUAUAACUUGAUUUUAUAUGAUUAAUUUAUUUUUUAUUUAUUUUAACGAGUGUUUAUAUCUACUGCCUUUAUGAGACAUAUUGUCAGCCUCAUGUCAAGUGUGGGUGUGUGGGUGGAUGUGUGUUUGCCUGAGUGUGUUUAUAUGUAUGCAUAUGUGUAUGUACAGUAUAUUUCACCUAACUGAUCUGUCCAUGUCAUGUCCUGUCAUGGCAGCUAUUGUGAGGUUGGACAAGCUUUACUGAAAAAAAAAUAUCUAUAUUUUAAAUACAUUUAUGUUGUCACCAGUCACCAAUCAAAUUCAACACCUGUGGGAAAUUUUGGAUGUUUUAGUGCUUUCCAACUGAGGGAUUGAAGGGUAGACGUAUGAACUGGGUGAAAGAAUUUUAUGUUCUAUUUACCUUAAAAAAAAAAAAAUAAUAAAACAUACACAGGUAAGGCACCCACACCAAACAUAUUGUUUGGUAUUGUUGGUCAGUUAUAUUGUUGGUCAAGUAAUUGGGAGAAUGGCAUCUGUCUUUCAGCUACUACACUAUAUUACUUUGGUGAAGCAUGCACAUUUUUGUAAGAAAGGCACCACGCUCAAUAAACUUGUGCUCCAUAACCUACUGCAAUAUUACUCAACCAGCUCAGGCAACGUACUUCUUUUAGAUGUUGCCUUUGCCGAGUGUUUUCUUUCAGCUUGUCAGUAUAUUCACAUGUACAGUUGUCCAUGAGGGGCCACUUAAAUUACACUCCCCAACUCUACUGCUUGAUUUAAAGAAGCACUAUGCUUUUUCUGCCAAUGUCCUAAGCAUCUCAGACCAAAACAAAUGCUUUGUAGUUAUCCAUGUUUUCUUGCUCCCGUCCGCCUGCUCCAACCCUGCCAAACAAAGGGCAUAUGCUGUGUCUGUUAGCAUUGCGUCUUCAACCCGGCUAAGGCCAAUCGUUAGCAUUGCUGCUAAUCCAUUCCACCCAUUACUUUUCUGUUGGUGUUGCAACUCCAACCCUGCCGAGGCUAACUAGCAUUGUGGCUUUUCUAGUGCACAAAUAUAAUUGGAAACUGAAUAAUGUUUUCUGAAACUGUGUGCUACAGUUUGUUACAGUUGCUUGUAAAUUGCAAUUUGUCCAACCUCUCAACAGCUGGUACGACAGAAUACAGUUGAGGACAGGACAUGAAUUAGUAAUUUGUUCUCACUUUUGAUUGCUUUAACAUACCACUUUGUAUGACACACUGGAUGGCUAUGAUGGAACGCCACCUUUUAACACCUUUCCCAACCUUCACAAAAUCAGUCUCUGAACUACACACAAAUAUAAACCGUCACAUACAUUCUCUACACCUAUGGUCUUUAGCCCUGGUAUUGGAGGCCCACAGCUCUAAGCAUGUUUGGUUUAUUCUACUUUCAACUUAGUCAGAACAGGUGGUUGGGUUGAACAGUUAGGUCAGGUGUGCUGGGAGAAGAACAGGCAUCAAAAUGUGCUGAACAGUUGGCCUCCAAGACCAGGAUUAGAAACUGACACACUGAUUAGGCUUGGUGCUUAAAAUAAUGUAACACACUGCCAUACACACAAAACGGAUACAAGGUAUCCUCACUUCCCCUCAGGAGAAGCAAAAAAAGAGAGAAUAAAUGGAAGUUUUAGAAAGACUGAGAUGGAGAGAAAAAUGAGAGAGAGAUCACGGCAGACAAUAAAAUGUUGGUUUUCUCCAUAUUUACAUAUAUUUGAAUCUCAUGGCCACCAUUUUCACCUCCUCAUCUAUUAAAUAUAAAAAUAAUGACAAAAAUAAAUAAAAAAUAUAUAUAUAAAAAAUACAGUAAAUAAAAAGUAAUGUCAUGAACUAGAGGAACACUGUAAUAUUUGACAGUAAAUGGGCCAAAAUCAACUAAAGCUUAGGUUUGGUUCUCAUUUUUAAUAAAUCAAAACUCCAUUAGCAGAAACCUGUAGGGGAAAUUAAACAAUAAAAAAUAUAAAGAAGACAAUUAAACUGUGUCUAAUUAAAAUCAAUGAAAACUUUUUAAGAGCAAGAGCUGAAAAAAGAUGAAAUGCUCCUGAGCAGAUCACUGUGACCAGCAUCCUCAGAGCAGAACACACACAAACAAACACUACACAAAACACCACAUACACAAACGCAAAUACUGACUCUCUCUCUCUCUCUCACACACACACACACACACACACACACCUACACAUGCACGCACCCGUACACACACAGCUCAUCUGGCACACAGACAGGAGAGGCGGAAGCCUACAAAGAAAGUGAGACAGUUCUGCUUAGAUGCUCGUCUGCUUGUGCUCCUGUCUGAGAUUAGGAUGGUUUUAUUCUGUUAAUGGAGUCAUGCUGAGAAAAAAACUCUCCCUCCUUUUGUUCUGAGGUGUAAUGGUGAUUCUGUAAGGUGGGUUAAGGUCUAACUGAAUAUUGUUUAAUAAACAGUUCAAAGAA